AUGGACGCCGCACCCCACAUUCCUUCUGGCGCAGAUUCCAAUGCCUCGCCUCCACCACGAACCUCCGCGCAACCGCACACGCGCACUUAUCAGGCCUGCAUACCCUGCAGACGGCGCAAGGUCCGAUGCGACCUCGGCCCCGUCGACAACCCUCACGAACCGCCUUGCGUGCGAUGUAGGCGCGAAAGCAAGGAAUGCUUCUUCUCCGCUACUCGCAGGAAGCGCAAGUCUACCGCUCCCGGCGAAGAGUACGACGAGGCCGACCUGUCGGAUUAUGAGAUUCGCAACGGCAGGAAACGGCUCAGGUCUGCGCCGAACGAUGUCACGCCUCCGAGCGCGCGCCGUCCGGAGCCGAUACAAAUCUCCCAGCCAAGCAUAGAAAAUACGGGUGGUCUAGGCGGCCAGCAACCUCUCACACCGGGCGGAUCAAUAGGCAGGUACCAACCACUCCGCCGGCCGACGGAAAACCAACAGCAGCCAAACGAGGAGGAAGACCAGCAAGUGAGCAACGAGGCAGCGUCGAUUUUGCAAACGAAAGAGGUGUUCAGCGGCCAUGAUGCUUUGAACCUGUUGUUCGAGGCGACGCAGCAGCAGAACAACGACUUUGGACACCACAGGACAGGAAGUGCCGGCAGUAUGCACCGCCCUUCAACGGUCAGUGCGACAACGCCAGGAUCGCAGACCAUGUUCACGAGUCCCCGAGACCACCUCCUACGGACCUUCGAUCCCCGUGAACAACCUCGUUCUGCUCCAGAAGCCGUACUCGACCCCGCCAUCACGCGAACCUACACCAAUGGCACGGGUGUGGCAGACGAGGAGGCAACCUUCCAUCAGGCCAUCAAAGCGUGGUCGCGCUUCCGCUUCGUGCGCGCUGGGUGGUUCACCGCUCGGGAAGGCAUCGCCUAUAUCGAAUACUUCUACCAGUACUUGUCGCCCUUGACUCCCAUCGUGGUACCGGACUUCCGCCAUCAUUCUACCCAUGUCACUCUGCUCUCCGAAGAGCCAAUGCUGGCCGUCACGAUGCUCACCGUCGCGUCGCGAUUCAUGAAAUUAGCUGGUCCGGGCGCUUCAUCUCGCCCGUAUGCUAUACAUGAGAAGCUCUGGACGUACCUCCAGGGCAUGAUCGACCGCAUGAUUUGGGGUCAGGAGCAGCAUGGCGGCGGAUUCUGUGGUGCCGGCGCUCAGCCGGCUGCUGAUGUCAACCCAUUGUCGCGCAAGGGACUGCGAACCCUGGGCACGAUUGAGAGUCUCAUGCUGCUGACUGAGUGGCAUCCUCGAGCGAUGCACUUCCCGCCGCAUGAUUCUGACGACGAUCUCUUGCUUCCAGAGGACAAUGACGUGUUCACUGCCAAUGGUCUCCCAGCAUUCGGCGAGCCGCCAGAGUUGCUGAAAGGCAAGGGCGGGCAGAGGAUCGACAGCUGGCUAGAACCCUGCUGGAGGAGCGACCGCCUGUGCUGGAUGCUACUUGGCAAUGCGCUCGCACUGGCCUACGAGAUUGGUGUCUUCGACGAAUCCGGCGAAGCCGAAUUCCAGCACGAAAACCAGAAUGUUCCAAUCGAGAAGGUUCAGUCCUACUACCGGCGCAGAAACCACCUCAAGGACCUACUCCUGGUCUAUGUCACUCAGACGAGCGGCAGACUUGGUCUCACUUCAAUGUUGCCGAAGGCUCAUAGGGACUCGUCGGUCUUUGGACCGCUGGAUCAGAGAUCACCGUCCGCCAUGGGUGAUUUACUCAGAUCGCCGCCGCCCUUCCAGCGAGUGGAGAUGCGCGGCUCGGCGCGGGGCCUACCAGCACGGGAGAGGACGCACGACCUUGUUCUCGACCUGUGGAAACAGAUUGCAUCACUCAUGGAAACGGGUAAUCAACAGAUGUUCCCGAACCGCAGGCAGACAAGGGAUCUGAUCAAGUCGGGCCGUUAUGUCGAGCUUCUGCAGUUCUUCCAGCCCAAGCUGCGGGAAUGGAGGCGCAGUUUCGAAAAGGCUUCGAGUAUACCAACCCACAUGCGACACAUCUUAACCAUCGAGUUCGAGUACACGCGCGUCUACCUCAACUCUCUGGCGCUACAAGCCGUCGUCGAGCGCUGCACGCAGCAAACCCCCAAGCAAUCCCACUCCCACAGCUUCAACCUCCCGCACACCACCCAACCCCCCAAAUCCGAAACCGGCGCCAUCCCCUUCUCCACCUUGAUGAAAUGGUACGGCACGGACCGGCCCUACAUCAAUGAAGUCAUCGACGCGUGCCGUAACGUGCUGCGCGUGGUCGUCGAAGGCCUACACCCAGGCGACUACCUCAAGCACGCGCCCGUGCGGACUUACUUCCGCAUCAUCUCCGUUGCGAUUAUCCUGCUCAAGACCUUCGCGCUCGGCGCGACGGAAGACGAUGUAGCUAUCUCGCUCGGACUCAUGGACCGCGCUGUCGAGGCCCUCAGGACCUGUAUCGUUGAUGACGUACAUGUCGGGAACCGCUUCGCGGACCUCCUCGACACGCUUACGAAUCGCAUACGCAGCCGCUUCGUGCGCAUGGCGCCGAGCGGCGGGGUGGGCGUCUCGCGGGCCGGGAGCCGGAGUCCGAUCCUAGCGACGGGGCUCCAGACGCCCAUGAUGCCGCCGCCGCCGUCAGGAUCAGGAGGGGCGAAUGGCCUGCCGAACCCUGGCCAGUGGAGCAACUAUGCUGGCGUGCCGAGCAGCCCGGGGCAGGGGAACGCGGGCACAGGCGGCCGCGUGACACCCCAUCCGCUCUGGGGCAUCAGCACCGAGGCGUACGAUCCGCAGCGCAACGACAUCUCGAUCAUGCCGCCGCCGACGUGGAAUUUUGCGAGUAAUACGUGGGAUUUGAACUUCAAUACCAACGGAAACAAUGUCAGUGGAGGGCAGUUCGGGAACGGCAUGGGCGAUGAUGCGGCGGGGGGAGGGUAUAUGCCAGACUGGCUCGCCCUGCCGCUGGAUCCGCUGCUGAACUCUUACGGCGCGGAUGUCACGCAGACGACAUAUGGGCCGGAUGUGGGGGGUUAUGAUCUUUUGGAUGUGCUUUUGAAUGGUAUGGAUGGGAGUUUGGGGGCUUAG